AUGCUUGAUAGUGAUUAGCAUAAUCAAUAGACAAGUUAUUGUCAAUCUUAGGGCUUCUAAUAAAUAAUUAAACCACAUCAAGUGGAAUUGUCGGUUGGAAAUAAAUAAAUAGAAGAAAAUGCUGAAUAUCCUAAAGUACCUUAAUCAAGAAAUAAGGAAAAAUUAUUGUGUACUAAAUGCAAUUAAUUAGUAGAAACUGACGUUCUAUUCGAAAUGGGUAAGUGUAGUUACAUAAUUAUGUUGAUUUUAUUAGCAUUCAUCAUAACAGCUGUUUUUGCGAUCUUGCCUUGUGUUUGGGACAGAUGUAAAGAUGCACAACACAGGUGUUCAAAAUGCACAAAACUUAUUGGAACAAAGCAAUUUUUAUGCGGAUGA